CUCUAUUAUCGACCGGGUGGACCGCAGAAGAAAAGACAGCCUUUGUUUCUUUUUUCUCUUCUUCAGCCGAAACCAACCACCAGUUGGGGCUUGACUAGGAGAUGUGGCCGGAACACCGGAGCUGAAUCCAGCUUGGUGAUAAUGUCUGGAUGCUCCCGUGCUUCUGGUCGUGGAAUCGCAAGACGACGCACGGGGUGACGGCCUGGAAGACCGCUUUGGGUUCGGAAUUCACUGCUUCAUGUCCACCAUUCGCUUCUUGUUAUGUACUUUUGCCUACGCUAUACCUUGUUCCCGUCCGAUUUCCUAUUCCCCGUUGUGGCCUGGUACUCCUACUUUUUAUUUCGUCUUCGGUACACUUUUUAUUUUUUUUUGCCUCUUUUACACCAUUUUAGUGAGAUCACCCACCCCUGACCAUCUUUUUAUUUUCUGGACGUUUUUCCUUGUUCCUCUGCUGUUUCUGUGCGCUAGUUGUCAAUCUGAAGUGUUAUUGAAGAGCGAACGAUACGAUAAUGGAAGCGGGAGGUGUAUGAGCGAAGAAAGCAAGACGAAGCUGGAGGUGCUUCGGGCGGUUGUGAUGUAUUGUUCCAUGGCCAUCUGGGUGCGACAGCAGCAGAGCUCAUUCGACGAAAGGCGUAUUCAGUAAGAAGCGUGUAGGGUGGAUAUAUGCCUACUGUGACAUAGUAAUUUCAAUCCAAAACAAUCGAGCAGUAUCCAGCUCAACACCGAGAAAUGUGGGUGGGGCAGCUUUGUCGCUCACGAUGAAUCUCCAAUUCUA